AGGAAGAGGAAGGGCCGAGCCCGGCCGGCGCCGCGUUCCCGGCCUCUGCCCCUGCGCGCCGGCAGCUCUCGUGCCCCGCCAUGGGCUCCCUGUUCCGCAGCGAGGAGGUUUGCCUGGCCCAGCUCUUCCUGCACUCGGCCUCGGCGUACAGCUGUGUCAGCGAGCUGGGCGAGCGCGGGCUGCUCGAGUUCAGGGACCUGAACCCCACCGUGAGCCCCUUCCAGCGGCGCUUCGUCGGCGAGGUGCGGCGCUGCGAGGAGAUGGAGAAAACCUUCACGUUCCUGCAGCAGGAGCUGCGCGAGGCCGGGCGGGCGCCGGCUCGGUGCCGGGAGGCUCCUGGCGCGCCGCUGGCUCGGGAAGCGCUGCGGCUGCAGGAACAGGCCGAGCGCCUGGCGCAGGAGCUGCGGGAGGUCACCCGCAACCGCGCGUCGCUGCGCGGCCGCCUCUGCCAGCUGCGCCGCUACCUGCACGUGCUGCGCGAGGGGCGGCGCUUCACCAGCCCCGCGGCUCCGCCGGGCUCCCCGCCGCGGCCCCACGCGCUCUCGGAGCUGGAGCCCGGCCUCGACCCCGCGCUGCACCGGCACCUCGAGCGCAAGAUCAGCUUCGUGGCCGGGGUCAUCCACCCGUGGCGGGUGAGCGCCUUCGAGCGGCUGCUGUGGCGAGCCUGCCGCGGCUACCUGGUGGCCAGCUUCGUGGAGAUGCCCGAGCCCAUGGAGGACCCGGCCACGGGCGAGAGCAUCACUUGGGUCAUCUUCCUCAUCUCCUGCUGGGGCGAGCAGAUCGGGCAGAAGAUCCGCAAGAUCUCGGACUGCUUCCACUGCCACGUGUACCCCUACCCGGAGAGCGAGGCCAGCCGGGCCGACACCGUGAGCGGGCUGCACAGCCAGAUCCAGGAGCUCAGCGUGGUGCUGGAGGAGACGGAGCAGUACCUGGCGCAGGUGCUGGACAAGGUGGCGCUGGCCCUGCCAGCCUGGAGGGUGCAGGUGCAGAAGAUGAAGGCCAUCUACCUCGUCCUCAACCAGUGCAGCUUCGAUGUCACCCAGAAGUGCCUCAUCGCCGAGGUCUGGUGCCCCGUCAGGGACCUCGCCCAGGUGCAGGAGGCCCUGCGCCAGGGAUCGUACAAGAGCGGCUCGAGCGUGGAGUGCUUCGUGCAGCGCGUCCCCAGCUCCCUCAGUCCCCCCACCCUCAUCCGCACCAACAAGUUCACCGCCGGCUUCCAGAGCAUCGUGGAUGCCUACGGGGUGGCCAGUUACCAGGAGGUCAACCCAGCGCCUUAUGCCAUCAUCACCUUCCCCUUCAUCUUUGCCAUCAUGUUUGGGGACGUGGGGCACGGGCUGCUCAUGUUCCUCUUUGCUCUCUGGAUGGUGGUGUAUGAGAACAGCCCCAGCCUGAAGCAGGCCAGCAACGAGAUCUGGCAGACCUUCUUCGAGGGGCGUUACCUCAUCCUGCUCAUGGGAGCCUUCUCCAUCUACACCGGCUUCAUCUACAACGAGUGCUUCAGCAAAGCCACCGUCAUCUUCCCCUCGGGCUGGAGCGUGGCCGCCAUGGCCAACCACUCCUCCUGGAGCUCCGACUACCUCGCCACCCACCCCUCCCUCACCCUGGACCCCAACGUCACCGGUGUCUUCCAAGGGCCGUAUCCUUUCGGGAUCGACCCAAUCUGGAGCUUGGCUACCAACCACCUCAACUUCCUCAACUCCUUCAAGAUGAAGAUGUCGGUGGUGCUGGGCAUCGUGCACAUGGGCUUCGGCAUCCUGCUGGGAGCCUUCAACCACGUGCACUUCAAGCAGCGGCACCGGCUGGUGCUGGAGCUCCUGCCCGAGAUGGUUUUCCUCUUGGCUCUCUUUGGCUACCUCGUCUUCCUCAUCUUCUACAAGUGGCUCAAGUUCAACACCACCAACUCCCAGGCGGCACCCAGCAUCCUCAUCCACUUCAUCGACAUGUUCCUCUUCGCCUCCAACCCCGGCAACCUCCCGCUCUUCCAGGGACAGGAGCCGCUGCAGAUGGUGCUGGUGGUGCUGGCGCUGGCGUCGGUGCCCGUCCUGCUCCUGGGGACGCCGCUCUACCUGUGCUGCCAGCGGCGGGCGGCGAGGCGGGGCUGUGCCAUGCGGGAGCCGCUGCUGGAGGGGCAGGAGGCCGGUAACUCCGUCAACGCCACCGAGGAGGACGUGGAGAGCGGUGGGCACGGCGCCGAGGCCGAGCACUGGGACUUUGCUGAGGUGUUCAUGCACCAGGCCAUCCACACCAUCGAGUUCUGCCUGGGCUGCGUCUCCAACACCGCGUCCUACCUGCGCCUCUGGGCUCUCAGCCUGGCCCAUGCCCAGCUGUCGGAGGUGCUGUGGAGCAUGGUGAUGCGCAACGGCUUCGUGUGGCUGAGCUACGUGGGCGGCGUGGUGCUGGUGCCCGUCUUCGCCGCCUUCGCCGCGCUGACCGUGGCCAUCCUGCUGGUGAUGGAGGGGCUCUCCGCCUUCCUCCACGCCCUGCGCCUGCACUGGGUGGAGUUUCAGAACAAGUUUUACGUGGGCGCCGGGUACAAGCUGUGCCCCUUCGCCUUUGCGCCCGACGCCUGGGAGUAGCUGUGCCCACCCCCCUCCCCGUGGAUGGGUGCUGGGGUGGGGUGGGCUCAGAGCAUCGGCUGGACCCAACCCCACACCACCCCCCUUGAGAUGGUUCCCCUCCUCCAAACCCCCGGGGGCUGGGGGGCAGCGUCCUCCCCAUCCCCUCCCUGGCAGCCAAUAAAGCCGUCCCCGUG